CUCUCCAUUGCAUCAUUUGAUUUAGCUGCUUCUUCUUUUUAAAAAACUUCUUUAUUGAAAUAGUGCCACUGUCUGCAAAGCACAGACGGUCACAACCUCAUUUCCUGCAUAGUUCAACCAAGGGAAAGGAAGUUAAGUGGUGGACAAUCCACCAAAGCGCUCUGGCUCCAGGUGAUGCUUGUGUCUCAGGCUUGCCAAAACAUAAUUUGUGUCUUCUGCUUUGUUUACUUUCCAUGUAAAGCGCUUUUCUAAUAUCUAACCUGAUGUUCUUUAGGAGAGUCCAAGGAAGCUCAGCUAUGAAAUAGCUGGUAUGUGAAUGUCAUAAACUGUUCAGGAUUCAGAGGUUGAAACCAACGGGUAUACGUAUUAUUUCAACAGGCAAAGAUAUUUUAAUAUUGCCAAAGAAAACCAAAAAUCCAAUAGCCACUCUUUGGUGAAGUGAGGAAACUCAAAGUAUUCAUUAAACAACAUGGAGAAAAUUAGAAGACUGGACACCUAAAGAUCCACCAUUGGUGCAGUGAUGAAGAUCGUUCUCUGGUGGAUUUGGAAACUUGUCUACUUUGCGACUCUUGGCUGCAUAUGGAUUUCUCCAGCGCGGUGUACAGCUUUAAACGGCUGCGUAAAGUCCUAUGUAACUAACGUGGGCCGGCAGCUUGAUGUUGGCAUACCAUACAACCUGAGUGAGCCGUUUAUCCAAGGAUGUCAUUUUUGGAACUCUGUAGAUCAGGAAAACUGUGCUUUAAAGUGUAAUGAAACCUAUAUCACUGUGUAUGAGCGAGAGUUUUGCGAGGUCGGCUGCAGCAGUGCCAAAGGUGCUUAUGAAGAGGAAGUCCUAGAAAAUGCAGACCUCCCCACUGCACCCUUUGCUUCUUCCAUUGGAAAUCACAGUGUGACAUUACGAUGGGUAUCUGCCAACAUCUCUGGAGUAAAAUACAUUGUUCAGUGGAAAUAUGCACAACUUCCAGGAAGCUGGACUUACACAGAGGCUGUGUCCAAGCUCUCGUAUGUGGUUGAAUCCCUGCAUCCCUUCACUGAAUAUGUUUUCCGAGUGGUCUGGAUCUUCACAGCCCAGCUGCAGCUUUAUUCUCCACCCAGUCCUGCCUAUAGGACCCAUCCUUAUGGAGUUCCUGAAACUGCCCCUGUUAUUACGAAUAUUGAGAGUUCAAGCCCCAACACUGUGGAAGUCAGCUGGGUUCCACCUCAAUUCCCAGGUGGACCUAUUUUGGGUUAUAACUUAAGACUUAUCAAUAAAAACCAAAAAUUAGAUUCUGGAACACAGAGAACCAGUUUCCAGUUUUAUUCUACUCUACCAAAUACCACCUACAGGUUUUCUGUUGCAGCAGUAAAUGAAGUUGGUGAGGGGCCAGAAGCAAAAUCUACUGUUACCACUUCUUCCCCAGCAGUCCAAGAAGAAGAACAGUGGCUCUUUUUAUCCAGAAAAAUUUCUCUAAGAAAGAGAUCUUUAAAACAUUUAGUAGAUGAAGCACAUUGCCUUAGAUCAAAUGCUAUACACCAUAAUAUUACAGGAAUAUCAGUUAAUGUCCCACAGCAUGCUGUUUAUUUCUCUGAAGGAAUGCUCAUAUGGGUGAAGGAGGCUGCCAACAUGUCUGAUGUGUCUGAUCUGAGAAUUUUUUAUAGAGGUUCAGGACGGAUUUCUUCUAUCUCCGUAGAUUGGCUUUAUCAGAGAAUGUAUUUCAUUAUGGAGGAGCGGAUAUGUGUCUGUGAUUUAGAGAAUUGUUCAAGCAUUAAGGAAAAUCCUCUUCCCACUAAUAAUGUACCUCAAAAAAUUGUGGUUGAUUCGUACAAUGGGUAUAUCUUCUAUCUCUUGAAUGAUGGCAUUUAUAGAGUGGAUCUCCCCUUGCCAUCUGCUUGGGACACUGUGCUUGGGACAGCUGUACGAAUUGUGGAGAGUUGUACCUUAAAGGACUUUGCAGUAAAGCCACAAUCCAAGAGAAUCAUUUACUUCAACAGCACUGCCCAAGUCUUCAUGUCGACAUUUCUGGAUGGCUCUGCUUCUCAUCUUGUUCUGCCUCACGCCCCCUUUACGGACGUGAAGAGCUUCACUUGUGAAAACAAUGACUUCAUUGUCACAGAUGGCAAGGCUGUUUACCAACAGGACUCAAUGUCUUUUAAUGAAUUUAUUGUGGGAUGUGACCUGAGUCACAUAGAAGAAUUUGGGUUUGGUAACUUGGUCAUCUUCAGCUCAUCCAUCCAGACACACCCUCUGCCAUCCAGGCCUCAGGAGCUCUCAGUGUUGUUUGGCUCUUCCCAGGCCCUGGUUCAGUGGAAGCCUCCUGCCCUCGCCAUAGGAGCCAGUCCUUCAGCCUGGCAGAACUGGACUUACGAGGUGAAAAUAGCAACCCAAGAUCUGCCUGAAAUCACUCAUGUUUUCUCUAACAUACGUGAAACCUUGCUCAAUGUACCUGAACUCCAGAGUGCUACGAAGUACAAAGUUUCUGUGAGAGCACAUUCUCCCAAGGGGCCAGGCCCCUGGUCAGUGCCCUCAGUGGGCACUACCCUGGUGCCAGCUACUGAACCACCAUUUAUCAUGGCUGUGAAAGAAGAUGGACUUUGGAGUAAACCAUUAAAUAACUUUGGGCCAGGAGAGUUUUUAUCCUCUAAUAUAGGAAAUGUGUCAGAUAUGGAUUGGUAUAAUAACAGCCUCUACUACAGUGACAUGAAAGGCGAUGUUUACGUGUGGCUGAUGAAUGGAACGGAUGUCUCAGAGAAUUAUCACAUACCCAAUAUUGCAGGAGCGGGGGCUUUAGCUUUUGAGUGGCUAGGCCACUUCCUCUACUGGGCUGGAAAGACGUAUGUGAUUCAAAGGCAGUCAGUGUUGACAGGACAUACAGAUGUUGUAACACAUGUGAAGCUCUUGGUGAAUGACAUGGUGGUGGAUUCAGUUGGUGGCUAUCUCUACUGGACCACACUCUACUCAGUUGAAAGCACCAGACUCAAUGGUGAAAGUUCCCUUAUACUACAAGCGCAGCCUCGGUUUUCUGGGAAAAAGGUAAUUGCUCUUACUUUAGACCUCAGGGAUGGACUGCUGUAUUGGUUGGUUCAAGAUAGUCAGUGUAUUCACCUUUACACAGCUGUUCUUCGGGGACAGAGAGGCUCUGGGGAUACCUCCAUCACAGAAUUUGCAGCCUGGAGUUCUUCGGAAAUUUCACAGAAUGCAUUAAUGUACUAUAGCGGUCGGCUGUUCUGGAUCAAUGGCUUUAGGAUGAUAACAGCUCAGGAAAUAGGUCAGAGAACCAGUGUGUCUGUUUCAGAGCCAGCCAAAUUUAAUCAAUUCACAAUUAUUCAGACAUCUCUCAAGCCUCUACCAGGAAACUUUUCCUUUACACCUAAGGUUAUCCCUGAUUCUGUUCAAGAGUCUUCAUUUAGGAUAAAAGGGAAUGCUUCUAAUUUUCAAAUCUUAUGGGCUGCUCCCCCUGCAGUAGACUGGGGUAUAAUUUUCUACAGCGUGGAAUUUAGUGCUCCUUCUAAGUUCCUGGAGAGUGAACAACAACCUUUACCUCUACUUACUGUGGAAGGUCUACAGCCUUAUACCUUGUUGAAUAUUUCUGUCACUCCUUAUACCUACUGGGGAAAAGGUCCCAAAACAUCUGUAUUGCUUCGAGCACCUGAAGCAGUUCCAUCAGCACCAGAGAGGCCAAGGAUAUUUGUAUUCCCAAAUGGAAAACACCGUAACAAGCCGCAAGUUGUGGUGGAAUUUCGGUGGAACAAACCUUUACAUGAAAAUGGUGUGUUAACAAGAUUUGAAAUUUUCUAUCAAAUAUGGAACCUGAGUGACACGAAGGAAAUGCUAGAGGACUGGAUUGCUGUUAGCGUCGCCCCCUCAGUGACUUCCUUCCGACUUGAGGCCAUGAGCCCUGGAUACAAAAUUGCCUUCCAGAUUCGAGUCUUCACAUCUAAGGGGCCAGGACCAUUUUCUGACAUAGUAAAAUCUGAAACAUCAGAAAUCAACCCAUUUCCUUACCUCUUAACUCUUCUUGGCAACAAGAUGGCUAUUUUAGAUAUGGAUCAAAAUCAAAUUGUGUGGACCUUUUCAGCAGAAAGAGACGUGGGUGCAGUAGGCUACACAGCAGAUGACAAGAUGGGCUAUUACACUCAGGGAGACAAGCUUUUCCUUCUCAACUUGAGCAACCGUUCCAGCUCUGAGCUAUUCCGGGAUGCUCCGGCUCAUGAUAUUAAAAUUAUUACACUUGACUGGAUUUCAAGGCAUCUCUACUUUGUAUGGAAAGAUUCGCAAAAUGGAAUACAAAUAUUUGAUGUGGAUCUUGAGCACAAAGUGAAACAUCCCAAGGAGCUGAAGAUUUGCAACAGGAACUCAACUAUAGCUUCCUUUUCUGUGUAUCCUCUUUUAAGUCGCCUGUAUUGGACAGAAGUUUCUGAUUUUGGCUAUCAGAUGUUCUACUGCAGUAUUAUCAAUCACAGCUUGCACCGCAUCCUGCAACCCACAGCCACAAACCAAGAUGGAAGAAGUCAAUGUACUUGUAAUGUCACUGCAUAUGAGUUAAGUGCAUCAAUGACUCUUGAUACCUCUGACUUAAAAUACCCAAAGAUAUACUUUACCAAAGAACAAGAGAUCUGGGCCACAGAUUUGGAAGGAUGUCAAUGUUGGAGAGUUAUCAUGGUGCCUUCUAUGCAAGGAAAAACAAUUGUGAGCUUAACUGUGGAUGGGGAGUUUCUUUACUGGAUCAUCCCAGAGAAGGACAGCUCACAGAUUCAUCAAGCAAGGAAGAGCAGUGGGGACAUCCUCUCCCACACGAAGGUCCCAAGAGGGACACAUAUCUUGGCUUACAGUUCAGCUCUACAGCCUUUUCCAGAUAAAGCAUUUCUGUCUCUAGCUUCAGAUCUUGCAGCACCAACUCUGCUUAAUGCCACGAACACUAGCAUUACAAUUAGAUUACCUGCUGCCAAGACAAAACUCACAUUGCAUGGCAUCACCAACCCUACUCCAACAUACCUGGUUUAUUACACGGAAGUUAAGGAUGAGACAAACAGCUCUGAACUGAGAUAUAGAGUGCUGGAAUUUCAGGACAGGAUAGCCCGUAUUGAGGGUUUGCAACCAUUUUCAACAUAUAUCAUGAGGAUAGCUAUGAAGAAUUAUUAUUCAGAUCCUAUGGAAGAGUUACCUAUGGGAAAGGAGAUUUGGGGAAAAACUGAAAGUGGAGUACCAGAGGCAGUUUUUCUCAUUAAUGCCACUGUACGGUCAGACACCAGCCUCAUUAUUUCCUGGAGAGAAUCUCACAGGCCAAAUGGACCUAAAGAAUCAGUCCGUUAUCAGUUGGUGAUUUCACAUCUGGCCAGAAUUCCUGAGACUCCUCUAAGACAAAGUGAAUUUCCAAGUGGAAGGCUUACUCUCCUAGUUCCUGGACUGUCUGGUGGACAAUUAUAUGUGUUAAAGGUUCUGGCCUGUCACUCAGAGGAAAUGUGGUGUACCGAGAGUCGUCCCAUCACUGUCAAAAUGUUCGAUACACCAGAGAAACCUUAUGCCUUGUGUCCGGAGAACACUAGCCUGCAGUUAGAGUGGAAGGCGCCAUCUAGUGUUAAGCUUGUCCGAUUUUGGUUUGAACUCCAGAAGUGGAGAGACAAUGGGUUUUACCAUGUUAAAACUUCAUGUACCCACAGUCAUGCUUAUGUCUGUAACAUCUCAAACCUCCAACCUUAUACUUCUUAUAAUGUCCGAGUAGUAGUGGUUUAUACGACAGGAGAAAACAGCACCUCACCUCCAGAGAGCUUUAAGACAAAAGCUGGAGUUCCAAGUAAACCAGGUACUCCUAAAUUAUUAGAAGGGAGUGAAAAUUCAAUACAGUGGGAAAAAGCUGAGGAUCGUGGAAGUAGACUUUUGUAUUAUAUUCUCGAGAUCAGACAGGGGAUUUCAAAUGAUUCACAGAACCAGAAUUUAAGCUGGAAGAUGGCAUUUAAUGGAUCCUGCAGUAGCAUUUGCACAUGGAAGUCCAAAAAUCUGAAAGGAACAUUUCAAUUCAGAGUUGUAGCUGCAAAUAAUCUGGGCUUUGGUGAAUACAGUGGAAUCAGUGAGGAUAUUUUAUUAGCUAGAGAUGGCUUCUGGAUACCAGAAGUAAACUUUGUGCUUAUCAUUAUGGUUGGAAUAUUUCUGGUUGUUAUUAUUCCCUUGAUAUUUGUCUGGCAGAGAAGAUUAAAGAAUCAAAAGACUUCCAAAGAAGGGCUGGCCAUUUUUACAAACGAAGACAAAGAAUUGGCUGAAUUGCGAGAUUUGGGAGCUGGAGUGGGGCUGGCGAAUGCCUGUUAUGCCAUACAUACUUUACCAACCCAAGAAGAGAUUAAAAAUCUUCCUACUUUCCCUCGGGAAAAACUAACUCUGCGUGUCUUGUUGGGAAGUGGGGCCUUUGGAGAAGUGUAUGAAGGGACAGCACUAGACAUCUUGGGAGUUGGAAGUGGAGAAAUCAAAGUUGCAGUGAAGACUUUGAAGAAGGGUUCCACAGACCAGGAAAAGAUAGAAUUUCUGAAGGAGGCACAUCUGAUGAGCAAGUUUAAUCAUCCCAACAUUCUGAAGCAACUUGGGGUUUGUCUGCUAAAUGAACCCCAGUACAUUAUCCUGGAACUGAUGGAAGGAGGAGAUCUUCUUACCUAUUUGCGCAAAGCCCGGAUGACUACGUUUCACGGUCCUUUACUCACCUUGGUUGACCUUACAAAUGUGUGUGUAGAUGUUUCAAAAGGCUGUGUAUACUUGGAGCAGCUGCACUUUAUUCACAGGGAUCUGGCAGCUCGAAAUUGUCUUGUGUCUGUGAAAGACUAUACUAAUCCUUCGCGGAUAGUGAAGAUUGGGGACUUUGGACUUGCCAGGGACAUCUAUAAAAAUGAUUACUACAGAAAGAGAGGUGAAGGACUGCUCCCUGUGCGGUGGAUGGCUCCAGAGAGUUUGAUGGAUGGAAUCUUCACUACCGAAUCUGACGUAUGGUCUUUUGGAAUUCUGAUUUGGGAGAUUUUAACUCUUGGGCAUCAGCCUUAUCCAGCUCAUUCCAACCUUGAUGUUUUAAACUAUGUGCAAACAGGAGGAAGACUAGAACCACCAAGAAAUUGUCCUGAUGAUCUGUGGAAUUUAAUGAGCCAAUGCUGGGCUCAAGAACCUGACCAAAGACCUAGUUUCCAUAAAAUUCAUGACCAGCUUCAGUUAUUCAAACUUUGUUGCUUAAAUAGUAUCUCUCAGCAUCAAGAUGAACGAGCCACUAGCGGAGCCAUAAAUGAAAGCUUUGAAGGUGAAGAUGUAAGUAUGAUUUGUUUGCAUUCAGAUGAUGUGAGACCAAUUGCUUUAAUGGAAACCAAGAACCAAGAAGGGCUAAACUAUAUGGUACUUACUACAGACUGUAGUCAACGGGAGGAAAAUUCAAAGGGUCCUGUAGGCUGCAAGGAAUCUGAGUCUUGUGGUCUGAGGAAAGAAGAGAAGGAACUACAUGCAGACAAAGAUUUCUGCCAAGAAAAACAAGUGGCUUACUGCCUUCCUGGCAAGCCUGAAGGCCUGAACUAUGCCUGUCUCACUCACAGUGGAUAUGGAGAUGGGUCUGAUUAAGAGUACUGUUUGGGAAACACAGAUGAAAUAAACACUCCAUUUAAACAGUUA